AUGAUGAUACCCGACCGACCGACCCUUUCCACAAAAACCCAAACCAAACCCAUGCGCGCCUUCCGUUCAUGGCUGUACAAACAAACUCCUACCUACCUGCUGCAAUUCGCAGGCUUUUCAAAACUCCGAGCAGGAAAAAGUUAUGUCGUAAAUCCAUAUUCACAUCCUGCCGUCCUCCCGAAAGAGACAGGUCAUGGCGUCGAAAGACCGCAAGCCAUGCCGCCCCGUGGCCAGCUAAGCGAAAGUCGCGUAAGACCACUGGGGAAUCGCGCGAAUAGUGAAGCCCAAGUUCAAGUCUCCUUCCAGGGAUUUUUCAUGGGAGUACCAUCGACCAGAAGUCCCUCAAGUCCUCGGAUGCACUCCGACAAGUAA